AGGAGGGCGCGCGGGACAUCAGCACACCGGCCGGGUCAAGAAGCUGCAAGGAUGGAGAUCCGACCUGACAGGUUUAAGGCGGUGGCGGCCAAAACUCUGGGGAAAAUUAACAGGCUCAUUGAGAAGCGGCAGCCGAAUGGAGAAACUAUUGAAUUAUCAGCGGAGGGCCGUCCUGAGCUGGUGGAGGAGAAGGAGAUGCCGGUGGUGGACUGUACCUGCUGUGGCUUGCCGAGGCGGUACAUCAUCGCCAUCCUGUCUGGCCUGGGAUUCUGCAUCUCUUUCGGCAUCCGGUGCAACCUGGGUGUGGCCAUUGUUAGCAUGGUGAAUGACCACACUGUCUACAAAGGCAACAAGGAAGUGCUUGUGGCUGCACAGUUCACCUGGGACCCUGAGACAGUGGGGAUGAUCCACGGCUCCUUCUUCUGGGGCUACAUCGUCACACAGAUCCCCGGUGGCUUUAUAUGUCAAAAAUUUGCUGCCAACAGAGUAUUUGGGUUUGCCAUAGUGGCCACAUCCACCCUUAACAUGCUGAUUCCAGCUGCUGCUCGCUGCCAUUACAGCUGCGUCAUACUGGUCAGGAUAUGCCAGGGCCUUGUUGAGGGUGUAUCAUACCCAGCCUGCCACGGGAUCUGGGCCAAGUGGGCGCCUCCUCUUGAGAGAAGUCGAUUAGCCACAACAGCCUUUUGUGGAUCCUAUGCAGGUGCAGUGGUGGCCAUGCCUUUAGCUGGGAUACUGGUUCAAUACACUGGGUGGUCUUCAGUAUUCUAUGUCUAUGGCAGCUUUGGGAUAUUCUGGUAUUUGUUCUGGAUUCUGGUGUCGUAUGAGAGUCCCGCAGCCCAUCCCACCAUCACACCGGAGGAGAGGACUUACAUUGAAGAAGCCAUCGGAGAGUCUACGUCAUUUCUCAAUCCUCUGCAUAAAUUUAAAACCCCAUGGAAACACUUCUUCACCUCCAUGCCGGUCUACGCCAUCAUUGUGGCCAACUUCUGCAGAAGCUGGACCUUCUACCUGCUGCUCAUCAGCCAGCCAGCCUACUUUGAAGAAGUCUUUGGCUUUGAGAUCAGCAAGGUGGGCAUGGUGUCAGCUUUGCCCCAUCUGGUGAUGACAAUCAUCGUGCCUAUUGGAGGCCAGUUGGCAGAUUACCUAAGAACCCACAACCUGAUGUCCACCACCAACGUCAGGAAGCUCAUGAACUGUGGAGGUUUUGGGAUGGAGGCCACCCUCCUGCUAGUGGUGGGAUUCUCUCACUCCAAAGGUGUUGCCAUUUCCUUCUUAGUCCUCGCUGUGGGUUUCAGUGGAUUUGCUAUCUCAGGGUUUAAUGUCAAUCACUUGGAUAUCGCCCCUCGAUAUGCCAGCAUACUGAUGGGCAUCUCAAACGGGGUGGGAACGCUAUCUGGAAUGGUGUGUCCUCUCAUAGUGGGAGCCAUGACUAAACACAAGACACGUGACGAUUGGAAGUAUGUCUUCCUUAUAGCUUCCCUAGUACAUUACGGAGGAGUGAUUUUCUAUGGACUUUUUGCAUCAGGAGAAAAGCAGCCGUGGGCAGACAUAGAGGACACCAGUGAGGAGAAGUGUGGUAUUAUUGAUGAGGAUGAACUGGCCAAUGAAACAGAGGAGCUCUAUCGGGGAGGCGGGCAGUAUGGGGCCAUGAACCAACCAGAGGAGGGGGGAGGAGGAGGAGGAGGAGGAGGAGCCGGGUCGGGAUGGGUGUCGGACUGGGAUAAGUCUGAGGAGUAUGUGCAGCCACCUGGAUACAACUCUUAUAUGUAUGGGGGAGAAGAGGAGCGGGAGCUGACAUAGAAGAUCGACAUGAUACAAGUAAAAAAAAAAAAGAAGAAGAAAAAGAAAAGAGGAAGAUUGUUUUUUGGAAAGGGAUUGUAAUAGAG